AGCGGAGAGGAGUGGAGACGAGAUGUGAGCUCUCUCCGUCCGCGCUCUCUCUCUCCUCAGCAACUUCUCGAUCAUCUGCACAUCCCCGGCCGCUCAAGUGAGAAGGCAUUCACUCAACUGCGCAAGAUGCUUUCAACACCCACAAUGGCCUCCAUGAGACGGCCACUCUUUGCCUCGCUACCAGCACCGCAUCUUGGUGCUGCUACAACGGCGGCGACCCGCUCCCUCCCAAGGAGCAUUCAGCGACAUCGCCUCGCCCACACCAGCUCGGCAGGAAGUCCCUCCUCAUCCUCAUCAGCAUCAGCACGACCACCCCCAACUCAGCGCCCGCUACCUUCUCUCCCUCCGCGGUCACGCCGCCCGCUCAUCAUCUGCACCCUUCUCGUCCUCUCCAUCGCAAGCUGGGGAACCUUCACCUCCCUCGCCAUGAACGACGAGCGAGCAAACUCUUCCGCAUUCCGCUCGGCCCUCAACAUGGUGCGCGACUCGCCGCGAGUACGGGAGUUGCUCAAGGUGGAGGGAGGUGAGGCGGUCACGACGAAAAAGGAGUGGUGGCUGGCUCCGUAUGGCGGGGGAGUAUGGGUUGGGGGUAGCGUCAAUAUGAUGCAGGGCAAGUGCGAUGUCAUGUUCAGGGUGGGGACGACGCGCGUGGGCGGUGAAACGGCCACCGUCUACUUCACCUCGAUCCGACGCUCUCAGGUGGGGUCAUUCGAGAAUCUGCGCUUCCUUGUGGUGAGGGACUCGGAUGGGGAGAGGAUCAGCCUGCUGCCCGAGGACGGCGGGGCGUAACGACGAGAAGGCCAGGAGCGCGGGGGGCAAUGCAUGCAUUCAUUUCGAGAAUCAACGAA